ACUCAGGAAUGCACCUUAUAGCUGCAAGGAAACGCCAUUGAACCAUAACUCAGUGAGAGAGAGAAAAAGAGAACACAGAUCCAACUACAUUCUCUCUUCAUCUUCAAUUCAAAUCCAUGGCUUCCAAAUUGUUGCUCAUCAUUGUUUUUGUUUUUGACUUGAUUGCUUUUGGUCUUGCUGUUGCUGCUGAACAAAGAAGAAGCACUGCUAAGAUUGUUCCAGACAGGGACCAAAAUUAUAAUUACUGUGUCUAUAACUCUGAUAUAGCAACCGGCUAUGGUGUUGGAGCAUUUCUAUUCCUCAUGGUUAGUCAAAUCGCCAUAAUGGUUGCAAGUCGAUGCUUCUGUUGUGGGAAGCCUCUAAAGCCUGGAGGCUCAAGAGCAUGUGCAGUUAUUCUUUUCAUAAUCUGCUGGGUGUUUUUCCUGAUAGCUGAGAUAUGUGUGUUGGCUGGAUCAGUUGAAAAUGCUUAUCACACAAAGUACAGAACACUCUUUGUGAAUGAUCCUCCUUCUUGUGAGACAGUAAGGAAGGGAGUUUUUGCUGCCGGUGCUGCUUUCAUUUUCUUCACUUCCAUCGUUUCAAAGUUCUACUAUAUCAACUACUCAAGCGCAAGGGAUAGUUUCCAACCACAUCUUGGAGGUGAGACUGGCGUCGGCAUGGGAACCUACAAAUAAAAUGAGCUUGUUUUUUAAUCAUUUCACAACCAAUUCAUUACCUUAGAAGUGACUAUAAUAUCUUGAACUCAAUGCAUUUCUUGUAUUUAAAGUUUAGCUUUUUUACUAGAAUCUAUAAGUUGUAAUUUUUGUUAUUUUUACAUGUUAUCUUUUUAAUUGAUGAUGAUUGAUUGGAUUCAUUACCUCUUACAUUUUUGGGGUGUUCUUUGUCAUAUAGAUAUAAAAUAUCAUUAUAUCAAUAAGAGAGAAUGUUUGUUG